AGUUUUCAGAGACCCUAGGAGAGUUGAGCCCUAGCUGUACAGAUCAUCAUGGGUGGAGCAGUUGUAGACACUGGUGACAGCGGAGUCAAAGCACCGGAUGGAGGAUGGGGUUGGGCUGUCCUCUUCGGCUGCUUCAUCAUAACUGGGUUCUCCUACGCUUUUCCAAAAGCUGUCAGCGUAUUCUUCAAAGAGCUUAUCCGGGAGUUUGGAGUGGGCUACAGUGACACGGCUUGGAUCUCCUCUAUCCUUCUUGCAAUGCUUUAUGGCACAGGGCCUUUAUGCAGCAUCCUAGUGAACCGAUUUGGGUGUCGCCCUGUAAUGAUGGUUGGAGGUCUCUUUGCUUCAUUGGGUAUGGUCUUGGCAUCAUUUGCAACCAACAUCAUCCACAUAUAUCUCUGCACUGGAGUCAUCACAGGUUUGGGCCUUGCUCUGAACUUCCAGCCAUCCCUCAUCAUGCUGAACAGAUACUUCAGUGAGAAAAGGCCCUUGGCCAAUGGGCUGGCCGCAGCUGGAAGUCCUGUGGCUCUGUGCUGUUUGUCUCCACUUGGGCAGGUUCUGCAAUACAAGUAUGGCUGGCGUGGAGGCUUCUUGAUCCUUGGAGGCUUGCUGCUCAACUGCUGUGCAUGUGGAGCCCUCAUGAGGCCCUUGUUGGCACCCAAAAAGACAAGUGAAGUGGAAGAAAAACCAAAAGAAACUAAACCAAAGCCCAAGCUCCUUGACUUCACCGUCUUCAAAGAUCGUGGCUUUUUGAUUUACACCAUUGCUGCAUCCAUUAUGGUUCUAGGUCUUUUUGUGCCUCCAGUGUUUGUGGUAAGCUAUGCCAAGGAACUGGGCAAUGAGGACACCAAGUCUGCCUUGUUGCUCACAAUAUUAGGGUUUAUAGACAUCUUCGCCAGGCCCACAAGUGGGAUCAUUGCUGGGCUCAAGUGGGUGAGGCCACGAUGCGUUUACCUCUUCAGUUUUGCUAUGAUCUUCAAUGGCAUUGCUGAUAUUCUCGGCUCCUUUGCCAAAGACUAUGCAUCUCUCGUGGUGUUCUGCAUCUUCUUUGGGAUCUCCUAUGGGAUGGUUGGAGCCUUGCAGUUUGAGGUGUUGAUGGCCAUUGUGGGAACUGAGAAGUUUUCCAGUGCCAUUGGCUUGGUGUUGUUGGUCGAAGCCAUUGCCGUGUUGGUGGGACCACCCGGAGCAGGUCGCCUCCUGGACGCCACAAAGAACUACAUGUACGUCUUCAUGUUGGCCGGGUGUGAAGUGGUCCUCUCUGCACUUGUUCUGGCCAUCUGUAACUUGCUCUUCAUCAAAAGGAAGCCCCAACAGCCUGAUCCACCAGCCAAGAUGGAGAUGGCCAUUACAGAGACUGAGAUGGAGGAGCUCAACAAGGCACCAAAGGACGACCAAGACAAUGGAGGCGGUGCAGAGAAUGAAAAGAAACAAGCCAUCGAACCGGAGACCAAGACAACCUCUAAGGAUGAGGUCAAAGAGCUUGAAAGCAUAGAGGUAGACUCAAUAGAGGUGGAAAAUGCUUCCAAAAAAGUGUCCGGACCAAAUGGUGUGGCCGUAGAGCCAGAGUCCUCUCUGUGAAGAUGCUAGAACAAUAGAAAGGAAGGCACUUCCCCUGUAGGACUCAUGGAUGUUUGAUGUUGUGGUGUAUGCUUUUUGUAUCACGCUUCCAGUGUGGUUGCAGAGGACCGCUUUCAGACCUGCUCUGCAGAUCAGAUGUAGCCCAUGCAUCGAGAGAUAUCGAUUUUUAAGGCUGGUUACUGCCUAGUGGACAAACAGGCUUUUAAAAAAAAAAUUUUGGUCAGGAUUCACUCCACAUCAGAGCAGGUCAUCAACAUUAUACUGAAGAUUACCAGCUUGCUUCAACAGUAUGUGGCAUUCAGUGAUUGCUAAUGUGGAUUGUUGGUUUGUAUCCUUAUCUAUUUUUUUAGUUUUUUUAAACCGUUUCUGGGAGAGCAUAGAUUUUAAAGGUCAUGAUAGUCCUGCAUUUCAGACAAAUCCAAUCGGACUAACUCAAGUCUUUAAACUAGACUUGGUUCUAGAGCAGGGGUGUCAAACUCAAUUCCUGGAGGACCGAAGCCCUGCACAGUUUAGUUCCAACCCUGCUCCAACACACUUACCUGUAGGUUUCAAACAAGCCUGAAGGACUCAAUUAGUUUGAUCAGGUGUGUUUAAUUAGGGUUGGAACUAAACUGUGCAGAGCUGCGGCCCUUUUGAAACUGAGUUUUACACCUGUGUUCUAGAGCAAGGGUGUCCAACUCCAUUCCUGGAAGACCACAUCUCUGGACUUUAACCUAAUUUAACUGAACUGAUCAAACUGAGUUCUCCAGCUUUGUUUUGAAGCCUACAGAUAAGCGUGAUGAAGGAUUGGAACUAAACUUUACAGAACUGCGGCACUCCAGGAACUGAGUUUGGCACCCUUAUUCUAAAGGAAUGUAGGGAAUUCAGAUAUGUAUUUUUGUGACUCAAAGUAUAUAACUGUUUGAAGACAAGCUUCUAUUUUUUUAUAGUCGUUUUUAUUUGCUCUUAAUGUUAGUUUUUAACUUUUCUGGUGUAGAUGAUCAGUAUUUAUCAAAGUGUUGAUGUCAGUUGAACACUACACUUUAUAUUUGUGUAUAUAUAUUCAUCUAAAUGUCAGUGUUUUCAGACCAACUGCAUCAAUCAGAUGGAGAGGACCACAGCUUGUACUUUUUUGAUUUAUGUAGGUUUAUUUAAAAGCAUUUAUACUAGUUUGUUCAACACUGACUUGUUUUUGGGAGGGAUAUUAUUUUUGUAAAGGAACCUAAUGGUACGUUAAAAUGAUAAAAACGACGGUACAGAAACUUCUAAACUAUACCUCAUUUUCGCUUUCACCAGCAGUUUGUGAGUAGGGACCCUCUUCUGUGUUCAGACACUUGAGCUAUUUUUUGGUUGUGCCUUAAGUCUUGUAGUGGUACACAAUUUGUGAAAUUUAAAAAAAUAAAUGCACCCUCUCCACUC